AAUUAUCCGGCCCGUCCCUCCCAAAAGGAGGCAUUUGGAACCAUUAGUUCCGCUUUCUCUGAUGCUGGAAUCCCUGGUGGUCCUCUGGAAUCCUGCGGUUCUCUUUGUUCUCGGACAGAGUUCUGCCUCGCCUGUAUUCCCCAACUCGCGGUUCCGUACACCAAUGAGUCUGACUCUCAGGAUUCUUUCCUGACAGGAAAUUUGGAAGCCAAUGGCUGUUUCCGGGAGGAGCGGAAUAGAAGACGCUCACUUCCGGCGGAAGGAGGCUUUUCUGGAGGGGAUGGAGGAGGCGGAGGAGUUGCUUUCCAAGGGCGAGAGACUGCGGUUGGCCCCCGACCCACGCCUGGGCCUGGACUUGGGAUGGAUCCCCUCUGGACAAGGCUGUGCUCAGGGCCUCAAAGACUUCCCGCCCGAGCCGACCCGGGCCGUCCUCGCUCUGCAGAGCCUCCCCCGGGGCUUGGCCCUUGGCCCUUCAUUCGCCGAGGAGCAGCGCUUGGGAGUCUGGUGUGUCGGGGAGCCCCUGCAGCCGGGACUGCUCUGGGGGCCGCUGGAAGAGGAGUCCGUCCCCGAGCAGAAGGACGAAGGAGUGAAGCCACGGCGGAAGGAGGACGUGUCACUAGGCCCAUGGGGAGACGUGUGUGCUUGUGAGCAGAGUUCAGGCUGGAUCAGUUUGGUGCAGCGGAGCAGGCUGGAAAGUGAGGGAAAUGUGGCGCCGGUGCGGAUCAGCGAGAAACUUCAUCUGCAGGUGUACCGGAUCAUACUGCCAGGCUUUGAGUUGCUCCUGUGGCCCCAGCCUCCCUCUGAUGGCCUGAGCCACACCCAGCCCAGGCUAGAAGAAGAGGCAGCCAUGGCUGUGCUGACAGAAGUGGACUCUGUGGUACAGCAGGAGGUGGACUCCCCAGGGGAAGAUGCAACAGAACCUUGGACAGAUCCUGGUCACCAGUCACCACCCAGCAUCCAGGCAGAGAGUAUGGUAGGCCCUGGACUCAAGCCCCAAACCCAGGAUCAGCUUUCCAAGGAGACCCAACUGCUUGGCCCGCUCCCUCAGGAUGGCAGCAUGGAUGAGGAGGACCCAGCCCAGACACAGAUGCCACCUGAAUCUCAGAGCAGCUCUGCUACCCAGCAGGGCACAGAGAGCAGUGAGGCCAGUUCCUCAUUCUCUGCCAGGGACAAUCAGCUACGUGCUUAUGUGGUCAAGAAGUUACGUGGUCCCAGUGGUCAGUGCCCACCCAGAGAAAUGACCUCGGAGCCCAGGGCCCAGCAGGCUGGAGAACAGCAACAACCGGGCUUCCCAGCAUGCUUGAGGAGCCCUCCUGGCCCAGCAGGAAGCUCCCCAAAACAGAGGCGACGGUACCGGUGUGGGGAAUGUGGUAAGGCCUUUCUACAACUGUGCCACCUGAAGAAGCACGCAUUUGUGCACACGGGCCACAAACCCUUCCUUUGCACUGAGUGUGGCAAGAGCUAUAGCUCAGAGGAGAGCUUCAAAGCCCAUAUGCUGGGCCACCGUGGGGUGCGACCCUUUCCUUGCCCACAAUGUGACAAGGCCUAUGGCACCCGGCGAGACCUCAAAGAGCACCAGGUGGUACAUUCAGGUGCCAGGCCCUUUGCUUGUGACCAGUGUGGCAAGGCCUUCGCCCGCCGGCCUUCCCUGCGGUUGCAUCGCAAGACCCACCAGGUGCCAGCGCCCCCUGCCCCGUGCCCAUGCCCUGUGUGUGGCCGGCCCCUUGCCAACCAGGGCUCCCUGCGAAACCACAUGCGGCUCCACACCGGGGAAAAGCCUUUCCUGUGCCCACACUGUGGCCGUGCAUUCCGCCAGCGGGGCAACCUGCGUGGGCACUUGCGGCUGCACACGGGGGAGCGUCCUUACCACUGCCCUCACUGUGCUGAUGCCUUUCCUCAGCUCCCUGAGCUUCGACGCCAUCUUAUCUCUCACACUGGGGAGGCCUACUUGUGCCCUGUGUGCGGGAAAGCCCUUCGAGACCCACACACACUGCGUGCUCAUGAGCGCCUGCACUCAGGGGAGAGGCCCUUCCCAUGCCCACAGUGUGGCCGUGCUUACACACUGGCUACCAAGCUGAGGCGCCACCUCAAAUCCCACCUAGCUGACAAGCCCUACCGCUGUCCCACCUGUGGCAUGGGCUAUACCCUCCCCCAAAGCCUCAAGCGCCACCAGCUCAGUCACCAGCCUGGGGUACCCACCAGCCCACCCUCCAGCCCACCCUCUGUGCCACCCGCUGUUUCUGAGCCCACUGUAGUAUUACUGCAGACUGAACCAGAACUGCUAGACGCAUGCAGGGAGCAGGACGUCUCCCCAACCCAGGACGUCUUUGAGGUCACCAUUUCGGAGAGCCAGGAUAAGUGCUUUGUGGUGCCUGAAGAACCAGGCCCCACGUCCAGCCUGGUGUUCAUCCAUAAGGACGUGGGUUUUAGUGCCUGGGCAGAAGUGGUGGAGGUGGAGACGGGCACCUAACCCCCUGCCCCCCCCCCCCCCCCGUGGAGUACUAUAUAAAGCUAGUGUUUUCUAGCUGCUGGAUGUCUGCGUCUGUCCUUGGGUUGCAUGUUGGAGUCUAGUCUAUUCUGAGAAGCAGAUCAGGGAUUUCCCUUCCUGUUUAUGGACUGCCACAUUGUUUCCCAAGACUAUAAGGUAAUCCUGUUCUAGGUUUAAGAACUUUUUAUUGACUUCAGUAGAGUUUGUUCUGCUUCCCUCACCAGGAACUCCUCAAGGCGCUUGUUCUUUAAACAUGGCGGAAGUGACCGCACCCAGUGAGGUAGUCAGGUACCUGGCAGCACUAUUGCCCUACUGUGUGCUUAGUGCUGGGAUCAUCACUCCCACUGAGCUCCCUGAGGAGCAAGCACUUCCAUUUAGAAACCAAAUGGAAUGACUUGAAGGUUAAAAGGCCAGAGGCUUAAAAAAACUAGAUGCUGAGUUCAGGUUAUAGCUCACUGUUGUCUCUAACUUGAGCUAUUGGUGGUUUAGGUGGCCACCAUCCCAGGGCUGUGAAAUUGUUUUUUUUUUUUUCUUUGUUGAUAGACACCAGGCCAACUGGAGGCAGCUAGGGCCAGAUCUGGACCCUUCUGAAGACCUGGACAAAGGCAACCCUAUUGAGGGAAGGAAUGGACACAGGUCUUACAUCAGCUGCAGACCUGCACCACACUGGGUGCCAGGAUACAGCUGGGAGCUAGACUGGGGUGACAUUCUCUACAGAGCUCAGGAUCUGCUAAGGCCGGAAGCACUGGACAAGAGUUUGCAGAGGAUCCCUAGCUAGUGCUAUAUGGACGUGUUAGAUGGGAUGGUUUAACUUGGUCUGGGGCAUCAAGGACAUGUCCCAAAGGAAUAAUAAUGGUAAUAAAUACUCAGCCCUUACUGUGG